AUGGAGGAAAUCCAAAGAUAUUUACAGCUAGAGAGAUCUCAACAACACGACUUCCUAUAUCCACUUAUCUUUCAGGAGUAUAUUUAUGCAUUUGCUCAUGAUCGUGGUUUCGGUCGAUCGAUUUUGUCGGAAAAUUCGGGUUAUGACAAUAAAUCCAGUUUACUGAUUGUGAAACGGUUAAUUACUCGAAUGUAUCAACAGAAUCAUUUUAUUAUUUCUCCUAAUGAUUCUAACCAAAAUCCAUUUUGGGCGCGCAACAAUGAUUUGUAUUCUCAAAUCAUAUCAGAAGGGUUUGCUUUUAUUGUGGAAAUUCCAUUUUCUCUACAAUUCAUAUCUUGUCUAGAAGGGAAAAAGAUAGUAAAAUCCCAGAAUUUACGAUCAAUUCAUUCAAUAUUUCCCUUUUUAGAGGACAAUUUUUCACAUUUAAAUUUUGUGUUAGAUAUACUAAUACCCCACCCUGUCCAUGUGGAAAUCUUGGUUCAAACUCUUCACUAUUGGGUAAAAGAUGCCUCUUCUUUGCAUUUAUUACGAUUCUUUCUCAACGAGUAUUGUAAGUGGAAUAGUCUUAUUACUCCAAAGAAAGCCAGUUCCUCUUUUUCAAAAAGAAAUCAAAGAUUAUUCUUAUUCUUAUAUAAUUCUCAUGUAUGUGAAUAUGAAGCCAUUUUCGUCUUUCUACGGAACCAAUCUUCUCAUUUACGAUCAACAUCUUCUGGAGUUCUUCUUGAACGAAUCUAUUUCUAUGUAAAAAUAGAACGUCUUGUGAACGUCUUUGUUAAGGUUAAGGAUUUUCAGGCGAACCUAUGGUUGGUCAAGGAACCUUGCAUGCAUUAUAUUAGGUAUCAAAGAAAAUCCAUUCUGGCUUCAAAAGGGACGUCUCUUUUCAUGAAUAAAUGGAAAUGUUACCUUGUCACUUUUUGGCAAUGGCAUUUUUCGCUGUGGUUGCAUCCAAGAAGGAUUUAUAUAAACCAAUUAUCCAAUCAUUCCUUUGAAUUUUUGGGCUAUCUUUCAAGCGUGCGAAUGAACCCUUCAGUGGUACGGAGUCAAAUUCUAGAAAAUUCAUUUCUAAUAAAUAAUGCUAUUAAGAAGUUCGAUACCCUUGUUCCAAUUAUUCCUCUGAUUGCGUCAUUGGCUAAAGCGAAAUUUUGUAACGUAUUAGGGCAUCCCAUUAGUAAGCCGGUUCGGGCUGAUUUAUCAGAUUCUAAUAUUAUUGAUCGAUUUGGGCGUAUAUGCAGAAAUCUUUCUCAUUAUCAUAGCGGAUCUUCCAACAAAAAGACUUUGUAUCGAAUAAAGUAUAUACUUCGCCUUUCUUGUGCUAGAACUUUGGCUCGGAAACACAAAAGUACUGUACGUGCUUUUUUAAAAAGAUUAGGCUCGGAAUUAUUGGAAGAAUUUCUUAUGUUGGAAGAAGACGUUCUUUUUUUGACCUUCCCAAAAGUUUCUUCCACUUUGGGGGGAGUAUAUAGAAGUCGGAUUUGGUAUUUGGAUAUUGUUGCUAUCAAUGAUCUGGCCAAUCACAAAUCAAAAUUAUGA